GCCGACCGACUUCGGCCAGUCUGUGCGAGUCUCUCCGAGCGUCUGGAGCGUCUGGAGCCCAGCGCGACGCGGCUGUCGGCGGGCACAGAGACGGCAUGAAGGCGGCCGCCUGCUGGCUCGGACUCUCUGGAUUCAGCGGACCGCCGGAACCGCCGCCGGUCGACGGUUUUGAUUUUUAAAGUGGUUCUAACUUGGACUUCUGGAGGAUUUCCUCAAAAAAAAAAAAAAAAAAAAAAAAAAAAAAAGAGAGACAAAUCGACUUUCGGGGUGAGAUUUUGAGCGUGGAAUUACCCCGUCCACUUUGCUGCCUGCGCGGAUAUCCAUUGGGUGGGCUCCGGGAACGCCAUGCUAGCUCCGGGCGCCGCCUGAGUUGGCGUCGGGCCUCGCUUCCGUUCGCCUCGCCGGGAUGACGGCGGCGGCGUGGCGUGCGCUGUGGCUCGCGUGCGUCCUGCUGCCCGGAUGCGCGGCGGCGGCCAGGCCGCCCGCAGACGCUGCGUCCAGCGAGCCGACCUUCCUGGAGGACUUUGUCCUGGGGGCGGGCGACACCCUGGAAAUGUCAUGCGACCCCGAGGACGACUCGGCCCGGCCCGCGCUUUGGUACAAGGACGGCGUGGCGCUGUCGCCUAGCAACCGGACGCGGCCGGGCCAGAGGUCGCUGCGCAUCGUCAACGUGUCGUACGAGGACUCGGGCGUGUACGCCUGUCGACUCGCCCGCAAUAACGAGCUGCUCAGCAACUACACCAUCAGGGUGACAGAUUCGCUGUCGUCUGGGGAUGAUGAAGAUUACGAUGAAGAUCCAGAAGAUGCAGGUAAUGACAAUGAAGCGCCGUACUGGAUCAGGCCGGACCGGAUGGACAAGAAGCUCCUGGCCGUGCCGGCCGCCAACACGGUCAAGUUCCGCUGCGCCGCGUCGGGCAACCCCACGCCCGCCAUCCGCUGGCUCAAGAACGGCAAAGAGUUCAAAGGGGAGCAGCGCAUGGGCGGCAUCAAGCUGCGGCACCAGCAGUGGAGUUUGGUGAUGGAAAGCGCCGUGCCGUCGGAUCGCGGCAACUACACGUGCGUGGUGCACAACAAGUACGGCACCAUCACGCACACCUACCAGCUGGAUGUGCUCGAACGCUCCCCGCACAGGCCCAUCCUUCAGGCGGGCCUGCCGGCCAAUCAGUCGGUGGUGGUGGGCAGCGACGUGGAGUUCCACUGCAAAGUGUACAGCGACGCCCAGCCGCACAUCCAGUGGCUCAAACACAUCGAGGUUAACGGCAGCCGCUUCGACGCCGACGGCAGACCCUACGUCAAAAUCCUCAAGACGGCCGGUAUUAACACCACCGACAACGAGCUGGAGGUGCUCUUGGUGGCCAACGUGUCUUUGGAGGACGCGGGCGAGUACACAUGCCUGGCGGGGAACUCUAUCGGCUACGCUCACCACUCUGCUUGGCUCACGGUGCUUCCAGCGAGUCCGGAGAAGGAGGACUACUACGCCGACAUCCUGAUCUACGUGACGGGCUGCGUGCUGUUCAUCUUGGCCGUGGUCAUCGCCGUGCUGUGUCGCACGCGCGUGAGCGCGCAGAAGACGCCGCCCGAGCCGCCCGUGCAGAAACUCUCCAAGUUCCCGCUCAAGAGACAGCAGGUGUCCUUGGAUUCCAACUCGUCCAUGAACUCCAACACGCCGCUGGUGAGGAUCGCUCGCCUGUCGUCCAGCGACGGGCCCGCGCUGGCCAACGUCUCCGAGCUGGAGCUGCCCUCCGACCCCAAGUGGGAGUUUUCCAGAGCGCGGCUGACGUUGGGGAAGCCUCUGGGCGAGGGCUGCUUCGGUCAGGUGGUGAUGGCCGAGGCCGUCGGCGUCGACAAGGAGAAACCCAACAAGCCGCUGACGGUCGCUGUGAAAAUGCUGAAAGAUGACGCGACAGAUAAAGAUUUGUCCGACCUGGUGUCCGAGAUGGAGAUGAUGAAGAUGAUCGGAAAACACAAAAACAUCAUCAACCUGCUGGGAGCCUGCACGCAAGACGGUCCGCUCUACGUUCUGGUGGAGUACGCCUCCAAAGGCAACCUCAGGGAGUACCUGAGGGCACGUCGGCCGCCGGGCAUGGACUACUCCUUUGAUACCUGCAAAAUCCCAGACGAGCAGCUGACCUUCAAAGACUUGGUGUCCUGCGCCUACCAGGUGGCCAGAGGCAUGGAGUACCUCGCCUCGCAGAAGUGCAUCCACCGAGACCUGGCGGCCAGGAACGUCCUGGUGACGGACGACAACGUCAUGAAGAUCGCCGACUUCGGGCUGGCCAGAGAUGUGCACAACAUAGACUACUACAAAAAGACCACCAAUGGCCGCCUGCCCGUCAAGUGGAUGGCACCGGAGGCUCUCUUCGACCGGGUCUACACUCACCAGAGCGACGUGUGGUCUUACGGCGUGUUACUGUGGGAGAUCUUCACGCUGGGGGGUUCGCCAUACCCGGGCAUCCCCGUGGAGGAACUCUUCAAGCUGCUCAAGGAGGGACACCGCAUGGACAAACCCGCCAACUGCACCCACGAGCUGAGUACCUGGACCUGUCGGUUCCGCUGGAGCAGUACUCGCCCGCCUGCCAGGACUCCGGCAGCACGUGCUCUUCCGGCGACGAUUCGGUGUUCGCCCACGACCCCGCGGCCGACGAGUCCUGUCUCCCCGAACGCCCCGCCGCCGCCGCCGCCGCCCGGACCUAACCCUCAGCCGAGGCGGGGAUACGCCGCCGGGACCCCCGAUAAUCACCUCACCGAGUCCGGGCUCGGGAAACUCUGAAGGAUUUUUUUUUAUCACAAAGUUUAUUUUUGUACACGGCCAGUCUUUUGUUACGGACAAUCUGCGGGAGAAACGGGAGAAAACGGGAAAUGCGGGGGGGAGGGCGGGCGGGGGGCGGGGCCACCGAUCUGUGCCUACCGGGACGGAAGCUCCCGGAUCGGCGAAAUCUUCCAAAGUCCUUCGCGAAAGAAUCCGUUGUAAUUACAAACAUGCAAAUACGAGCUCUGUUGUCCUUUAGCGGAACAAAAAAAUUUUUUGGGACGCAAGCGAUGGAGGAGACACCGUUGUCACGGAAACCUUUGAAGUUUAGGGAAUAACUAAGGUGUAUAUUUGUAAAGAUAUUUAUAGAGCAACACGCUUCGUAAAAGGUUGGCUAAAAAGGGGGCGCGCGCAAAGCUUUUUUUUUUUUUUUUUUGUCUUUUCACUUUUGUAACUUAUUUUACAUCAGACGACACGAAGAAAUAUUAAGGACGCACUGGCAAGAAAAAAUAAGGGGGGGGGGGGGGGGGGAUGUUCAAAUCACAAGAAAAACAUUAACAGAAAAAUGUUCUCAAGUUCCAAGAAAAGGAAGGCCAAAGAUGAUGAGAAUAAAGUUGUAGUAGUACCAGAAAAAGUCGGAGUUCCCAAAAAAAAAAAAGAAAAGAAAGAAAAGGCAGAACGUUACAACAAAAAAUUGGUGAUAACAUAAAGUUGGGACAAUUGUAUUUAUUUCUUUUUUUACAUUAUGUGAAAAAACAAGAAGCAACAACAACUAAUUACGGGGAUAAAGCUCGGGAACUUAGGAGAAAUAAUUAAGCUCAUAUACGAACCAAGUCGUAAUAUGAAGGCGUUGUUCCCACAAGUUAAAAACGUUUGUAAAGUUCCGGGAAAAAAAUGGAGUCAGAAAGUUACAAGGGGAAAAAAGUGCUUUUACAGAAAAAACAUGAAAUUCAGGUUACAAAAAAAGAAAUUCUGUGAAAAACAAAUUGUGACGUUACAAGAAAACCGAAAAAAAAGAGGAAUUUUAUGUUUACGAGUGGGGAAAAAACGGAACGUUAUAAGAAAACUAUCGUAUACUUAUAAGAUAAAAAAUUCUUAGCAUUACAAGAAUACAGUCGUACAACUACCAGAAAAAGUUGUAUUUUGCUGAAAACAAAAGUUGCAAAUUUACGAAAGAAAAUGACGAGAACAAGUGAGAAAAUUCUACGAAAACAAAUCGUCUUAAUAUAAGAAUAAACUUAACUGUACUUUGUCUUGUAUUAUUCCGAUUUAAUUUUCCCAACUUUACGAUUCGAGGCCUUUUCCUAACAUGAAGAUUGCACCUUUUUUGUGUGUGUGUCUUUAUGUGUGAGCGCUGGCGCCAUUUCGGGUUUCUCCUCCUCGGUCGCGUCGGCUUCUUCUUCUUCUUCUCCGGCGUCUUUACCGUUUCGUCGUUGCUCGAAACCAGAAGAAGCGACGAAACUCCUGCUGAGAGGCGUUAUGAGCGGCCGACGGGCUCAACGGAAACUACGUGCCCCAUCAUGCUUUGCACCUCAAUAGUCAAGCGACUAUCCAAGUGGAAGAAAAAGCAAUAUUUGUGUGUGUGUGUGUGUGUGUGUGUGUGUGCGCGAACGUUGCUCUUCAGUGUUAAAACUGACAUGAAGUCAUGCUGUGCGCAGCCAAAAGUGAAAACACUAUUUUGAAAAAGUCAAAACAUCAUUUGGAUUUCUUGACAUUUUGUUGUAUUUAAUUUUUGGGUGAGGGUAUGAACUGCAUAUGCGCUGGAUCCUUCGUCGUCAAAAGUGCCAAAUGAAGUCUUAAAAGUCGCUUUCACUGAGUCGCCAAAAGUCAAGCGGCAGCAAAGCAUUAUGGGAUGAAAAGUUCAAAGGAAAAAAAUAGAUAUAUUUUAAUAAUAAUGAUAACCGAUAAUUAUCUCGCUGCUACUGUACAUGAAAAAAAAAUCCCCUCAAGACCGUGUGAGUGCUUAAUAAAUAAUUUGUCCACUUUUAGUCGUUGAUUCUGCUGGGAGACAUUUAAACACCAAAUAUUGUAAUAAUGAUUAAUAAUGAAAUCAACAAUUCUUCCCUUGAUUGAUUGUUUGGUUUGGAGUGUCUGGUUGCAAUGAAAAAUGGAAGGCACAAAAAAAAGUGAAGAACAAACAUAUGUGAUGUUUUUUGUUUUUGGUUUUAUUUAUUCUUCCAUGCUGUGUCAAAGCUUUCCCUAUGGUGAGAGUCUUUUUAUUCAAGCUACCUGCGUUACAUUUUGCUUUUUUUUUUAUUCUUAUUAUUAUUCAUUUAUUCGAGAGCCUGAUGAUCUGCUCACUCAAUGCUGCCCCCUAGCUUUCGCGCUAACCUCGUCGAUGUUUUUCACGUUGGCACGUUAAAAGGUUAACGUUUAAAAAAAAAAAAGGACACAAUGCAACCUUCGAUUUAAUGGCAACACGAGCAGAGCUAGCAUGUUAGUGAUUAUUUUCUACCGCUAGCAAUGACAUGCUUGCGGACGAAAUAUUUCCACUAUUCACAAUUUUUUUUUUUUCCUUUCACAAAUUUGAAGUGUAAAAAAACAAAGGUGUUUAAUAUGUACGUAACAUGUAGACCGAGAGCGCUCACAAGUUAACGUUAAAAACCUUUUUCUCAAACUCUAUCCGAUGAAUGCUAGCAGCCUUGAUUUUUUGUAUUUUUCUUUUAUCCGAAAUAACAAUUCAACGUUCGAUUUGACGGUAAAGCGAGCAACUAGCCUACUUAUGCCGCGGUCAACAGGUUCUGUACGAAUUUUCGUCAUUGCCGUAAUCCGAAAUACAGAAACCAUUCUCGCGUAGGUUUGGUUGUGACGCAAGUGCUGUACUCUCUACGUUACGACUUUCACGUCCCGCGUUUUUUACCGUGAGAUAUGACCUGCCAAUCUAGGAAGUAUUUUACAAAAAUCUGCUGUGAUUUUUUUUCUUUUCCACAAAUUUUCCCCAAAGGAAUUUUAAAGCUUUAAAAAAAAAAAAAAAAAGCGCUUGCUUGCUUGCGGUAUGUGCUUCUAACACAUCAACCAAGAGCAUAUUUGGACGGAAGAAAAAUGUUGGGAAUAUUUUUACGAAUUAUCGGCACUGCCAUAUUUUUAUUCAAAAUUCCCAAUUUGACCAUAGAUUUGGUACCGCAAACAAGAACCUUUUAAAGCAUUAAGAAACGAGCACUUGUGUUUGUAACAUGUCAACCAAAAGCACAAUUUAAUGUUGAAAAUAAAGCUAGUUAUGCACAGCAGAAGCUAGCUGGCUAACAUUGGCAUUUAAGCGACUGUGCACUACGACGUUCAUGUCCCGUGGUUUUCGUGUAUGAGAUACUUGCCCCAAAAAUGAUAUAAGACCCCAGAUUUGAAAACAACAAUUUACAAAUUGUGCAAGCAAAUUUCGAGCGAGCUAAAUUCACAGCGUAAAUUCCUUUUUUUUUCGUCCGGAAUAAACAAUUUGACCUUAGAUUUGAUCAUGUUAGCAGCUUGCAUAUUAGCGACAGCUACAUUUACGCUUUCUUUUGUACGUGAAUGCUUUGUGUAAAAAAAGAACGCUUGUCGAGAAGCAACUUGUCCGACGUUUACAUUUUAAAAGUGACGACAGCAGCGACUCAUCGGCUUUUUCAGUUUUGUUUUUUUUACUUUCCUAGCUGGAAUUUUUAUUGUUGUUGUUUGUUCUUCUCACGCAGUGUUUUAUCUUUGGUCAGAUUAAUUUAUAGUUUGAAACAUGCUUGCUGUUGUACAUAAGAGACAUUAGACUUUUUUUUUUUUUUUUUUUAAGAGUUUUAUUUAGCCAUGUGAGCUAUAUUUUUUUGUUUUGCAUUCCACUUUAGAGCAAUUAGCAGCCAGCGUAUAUCACGUAAUUUAUUUUCAAUAACAUAGAAAAGUGGAACUAACCAUUGGACUUUUUGUUUUGUUUCAUAUGAUGAUGACGAUGAUGAUGAUGAUGGAUGCUGUGGAACAUUCCGGCACAAGGUUGCGGUCAGUUCCCUCUCGCUGAAAUCUUGUGUGACAAAACCAUGAAGCUGUCUGUCAACAAACAGCUUGUCAAUAAACAUCCAACAUGUUGUCAUAUGAA